AUGUAGACACUGUCAUCUCGAUAGACUAUGGGCUGAACGCAGCUCAGUUGCACGCCUGAUCUCGUGAUGCAGACAUAGAGACAGAGGCACCUUUCCUUUGCAGCAUAAAGUGCCAGAUCAUCUUCCUCGCUCAAGAAGAAAUAAUAAUUCGCUGGACUGCGUGUACCGCAGAUAUCCAGUCGACCCCGAAGCCGAGAUCUAUGCCGUCGUUCGCCCUGCUAGAGUGGAAAAUGGGACACCACGCACAAAGACGCUGACUGGUUGGAUACAAAGAAGGGGGCCACUUUCGCAUACAGAUGUUCAGGCGACCAUGGUCUUGGACUUUUGUCCGCGUUCAGCACCACAACAGGGUCGAACUGCAGGAUCUAGUUGCAGUCUUGAGCGAUAUGCCAACAUUCGGAAUACUUGCUAAACAGAAUUUCCAUCAUUUGAAGGAGAAUGGCACAGUGGGACUUCUAACAGAAGCCUAUCAUGCUCAACGAAUUAUAGUCUUCAAAGAACAAUGGGUUUUGCUGGAGAAGCUGAAGAAUUUCGCGAAGGAGUCUGGCCUGUACGAGAGCCAGAAGAAGUUGUGGGCAAUAGACAACGAAAAGCCUCCCCUCAACCUGUUUGCAGCGUACCUUAACUAUAAUGGAUGUGGGGUGCUUGUUCCAAAAACUGUUCGCGCUCUAUACAAACAUGCUCUGGAUUUCUGUCCGUCUUGAAUGUCACCUUUGAGCGAACUAUGCGGUGGCUCAACGAUAA